AUUGUGUAUACGUUAGCACCAGCAAGAAAUCAGUGUCAUAAUUCUACUCCUAGACUAAAGAUAUCAGGGCAAAAAAGAAGUGCAAUGGUAGUUCUGUCAAGCAACAUGUUCAAGUCGGUAUCAUUGUUCUCUAUGUUGCUUCUUGCCCGUUCAAUUUUAGGGCAUAAUCCUGCUCAGGUCGUCUUUAUCCUAGCAGGACAGAGCAACAUGGCAGGCAGGGGUGGCGUUGCCAGUGGCAAGUGGGACGGAAGUGUCCCGCCACAGUGCCAACCCAACCCUUCGAUUCUCCGACUCACUGCUAACCUCACUUGGGAAGAAGCACGCGACCCCCUCCAUGAUGACAUUGAUGUGGGAAGAAUUUGUGGGGUUGGACCCGGGAUGGCAUUUGCUAAUGAGAUUCGAACUCGUGGCUCGGGGAUUGGCGUGUUGGGUCUGGUCCCUUGUGCUGUUGGUGGGACUGCCAUAAACAAAUGGGCAAGAGGGAGUCAUUUGUAUAAUCAAUUGGUGACGCGUGCCAAUGAGUCAGUGAAGGAUGGUGGAGCGAUUCGGGCCAUUUUGUGGUAUCAAGGAGAGAGCGAUACUGGUACUAAAGGGAAUGCUGAGGCAUAUAAAGGGAAGUUGGAGAAGCUCAUUCAGGACUUGCGCUCUGAUCUAAACCUACCGUCUCUUCCAUUUAUCCAGGUGGCACUUGCAUCUGGAGAAGCAUUUGUAGAGAUAGUGAGAAAAGCCCAAAUGGAGAUCAACCUCCUGAGAGGUUCGGCACACGGAUUAGCUUAA